AGUAUAUUCCCAGCACAUACAUUGGGGAGGAUUUUUUUUUUAAUUCCCCACAUCGGCAAACCAAAGAAACACGUAUUACCAUUAUUAUUGUUGUUGUUUUUUCUUGAAUGGCCUUCAGCAUGCCCUCCGAAGUCGACGGUUCGCCUGAUCCGGUUCUCAUCCUGCGCGGCUCCGUCCUGACAGCAGCGGAGGAGCAAAAGAAAUGGGCGCAGGAGGCGCUGCUGGCGGUGGAGUCCAAAGCCGCUGUCAUGCAGGAGUGUAUCGACAAGAGCAAAGGACUGUGCAAUGUCAUCCGUGCGGCAGCGCAGGUGCUGGAUGAGCUGCGAACGAACCUGCUCGAGCCACAGAACUAUUACGAGCUGUACAUGAAGGUGUACAACGUGAUGGAGGGUUUUGCCGCCUACCUGGAGGACGCCCAUCGCGCAGGGCGGCACACGUUGGAGGACAUCUACGAGCAGGUGCAGUAUUGCGGUUACAUUGUGCCGCGGUUGUACCUGCUGAUCGCAGCCGGUGCGGUCUACAUUGAGAUGGGAGAGCAGCCGGCGCUGGAGAUUAUGCGGGACUUGGUGGAGAUGUGCAAGGGCGUGCAGCACCCAACCCGAGGCUUGUUUCUGCGCCACUACUUGUUGACGGUGAUGAAGGGCAAGCUGCCGGGUGACCCUGGCCGGCCGGUCAACGAGGACCCCAACAGCGAGGCAGGCGGUACCGUCGCCGAUACGGCGAACCUGCUGGUGCAGAACUUCAAGGAGAUGAACUGGCUAUGGAUUCGCAUGGAGGCGGGCAGCUACGUGAACCGCAACGGUGGAAGCACGAAUAGCUUGUCGACGAACACCUUGACCCCGCAGCAGCAACAGUCAGCUUCUGCGCGACUCGCCUCUCCCCACCCUUCCUCCUCUAGCUCUGCUCCGAACUCGCCUCUCAGUCCGCUGAACGGGCAGCAGCGUACGUUGCGGGCCGCGCAGCGGACACAGCAAGAGCGCCGUGCGAUGUGCGUGUUGGUCGGCAUGAACCUGGUCCGCAUUUCGCAGCUCGACGGCAUCACGCGCGAGGUUUAUGUGAAGACGCUUCUGCCGCAGCUGCUGUCUAUCAUGGUCCGCUACUGCGAGCCUCUGGCACAGCAAUACCUCUUCGAGGUGCUGAUUCAGGUGUUUCCGGAUGAGUUCCACCUCUUCACCAUCGACAAGCUCUUUGACGCGAUCAGCAGGACGGUGCACGGGGUCGACGUGCCGGGUCUGCUGCGCUCGCUGAUUGAGCGGCUGUGCAGGUACGCGAUGGACGUGCAGGACGGUGUCACCGACGUUUCGAGCCCCGAGGAGGAGGCACAGCUGCGCGAUCUGUUUCCCAUGCUGCUCGAUCGGCUGUCCAACAUGCCGGUCAGCUACCACGCGCAUAUCAAAUGCCCAAACGUGAUAAAGCGCACCUCUGCGAUCCCGCCGCCGGCGCCGAUGCUGCUCGGGACCUACGUGAGCACCGUGCGGCAUCUCGUGACGGUCGCGCUGACGCUCUACGGCUCCUCGGCGAAGCGGCGCACCAUGGCGCUGUCAAACAUCGUAGAUGUCGUCGCGGCGAAGUUUACGGCGGCGGCAGCGGCAGCGGCAGCGGCAGACUCGGGCAGCGAUCCGAGCAGCGGUAUGGGGGCUGCUUCUUCGUCUGCUGCAGAAGCCGCCGACGGUCACCCCAACAGGGCGGCGGACGCCGAAGCGCGAGAGGAGGCGGACGAGGAAGGUGGAAGUGACAGCCGCACGAAACGCACCGCUGCGGGCAACAGCAAGUCUGCCGCCGCCACUUCUUCUUCUUCCGCUGCCAAGUCGAAGAAAUCUGCUACCGCUGCAGCCGAAACCGCCGGCAUCAGCCCAGCCGCGGCCCUCGCGGCAAGUCAGUUCAUCGUGCACAUCAUCAACGACUGCUGCGCGUCUGUCGAGGAAGUGCUGGGCAUGGAGGGCAUCGAAACGCUGACGGCGUGUCUGCCUUUCCUGGAGCGUCGUGAUGUAGCCAUGGCGGUGUGCGACGUGGCGCUGCGUGGCAGCACGGGUGCGCCGCUGCUGCCGGCCGUGUCGAAAGCAGCCACAGUGAGGUCGUCCUCCUCGGUGGGUAACGUCGCGGUGUUGAAGCCAGCGGUGGUGGUCACCGCCCCGCCACCGCGUCCGCGGCCUCUCACCGCUUUAGAGGACGUCGCCCGGCUGUUUGAGCUGCUCGAUCCCCUCCUCGUCGAUCAACCCGACACCCCGUCCGAUCCGCAAUUGAUCUACAAGUACAACCCGCAAAUGGAGUUUGUCGACGAGCAGCAUUGCGUGUGCCGGGUGCUGCACUUGCUGUCGAAUGAGGAUCCGUCCGUGUAUAUGAAGAUGCUGACGGGCGUGCGGAAACUGCUGUUGCUAGGCGGGGCCCGACGGAUCCCGCUGACGUACCCCACGUUGAUUGCACUGCACCGGCGUGCGGCAGUGCGUCUGCACAACCAGUAUGUCAUUGCGACGAAGUCAAAGAAGCGCAGCAAGGGCGCGGAGGCGGUCCAUCGUGAUCCGGCGGCUGGGGCGGGCGCCGACGGCGGCAACGGAGAGGAGGAAAGUACGGAGAACAGCAAUGCGACGCAAAACACGGAGGCAGAGGUCAUCGAUGAGGCGGUCACGGCUGCCUACACCAAAAACAUCCGCAAGUGUCUUUCGCAUUUGUACUCAGGCGACAGCAAGAGUUUAUUGGAGGUGUACGCGGUGGAGAUGCCGCUGCGGGCGCUGUCCGAGUACGUCACGUGCGCUCUCACCGCGGAGGCGUGCGGGCAGAGCGAGACGAGCUACACCCUGUUCGCGGAAGCGCUGACGCUCUACGACGCCCACGUCGGCGACACACCGGAUCAGGUCACCGCGUUGGUCGACUUCGUGAACGCGUUGGCGCAGAUGACGUCCAUGCCGGAGGAAAACUACGAGGUCCUCGCGGCGAAGGUGUGCCAGUACGCGUCGAAGCUGCUGAAGAAGCAGGAUCAGAGUCGCCUCAUCGCCGUUUGCGCGACGCUGUUUGCUAAGAAGCAACUCUCCCAGGAGAACCAGCAGCGGGUGCAGGAGUGCCUGCGCCGUGCGUUGAAGCUGGCGGGGCAGGUGCUGGCCCUCCCCCAGCUGCAACUGUACGUGCAGCUCUUAAACGUGUUUCUGCACUUUUACACGGCGAAGAUGGGCUACAUGGUGUCCGUGGACCUUGUGAACGAGCUCGUCGAGAAGAUAAACGAGGCGAGCGAGGCGCAGCGGGAAGCCGUCGCGGGGGCGGCGUCGAAUCUCCCGGAUGCUGCCACGACGACGACUGCUGGAGAGAGCGCGGAGGGUAAAGAAAAGGACGGUGCUGGUGCUGGUGCUGCCGCUGCCGCGGCGGUUGCUGCGAGCAGCGACGGAGAGGCCGCAGCGGCGUUCGCCAACGUUCGUCUGGUGUACCGCAACAUUACCAAGUACAUUCGCUCUCGCCAGUCAGCGGAGGAGAGUUGGGGUGCCAUUGAGGUGUAG